ACCGGAUCGCCCGCGCGAUGGAUCGAGGCGGCGAAUCGGCGCAUCUCAGAGGCUUGGCGACAAGGGCGUGGGAUUGGAAGAUGUGGAUUUCCUCUUCUUCCUCCUCCGCUCGUAACGGGUCGGUGAUGCUCCACUCUCGCAAGCAAGAAAGGGCAUAUUCUCCGCCAUGGAAUCAUUCUCUUAGGGUUUUAGGGCAUUGUUGGGCGUUCCCUCUUCUUCUUCCCUGGGCGCCAUUGCUGCGAUCGCGCGCCUCGAUCGCCAUGGCUGCUAGAAAUGUAGGAAUCUCAGCUCGCUCGCGGUGUGGAAUGCAGGAAGAGAUUGGGCGGAUUUCCCAGGGUUCUUGGACAAGCUCGAUCAGACUGGCAAGGCUGGUGCUAGCUCGUGACUUGGAUUCUAAAUUUCCACUGGUAUCAGAGAGAAAUUCUUUCAAAGAAGAGGAAAAACUGUUGCUUGAUGCGAUGAUGAUUGCAUGAUACUGGGACACCUCUCUACCUA